AUGGCCAUACCAUUAAAUGGGUUUGGCUAUUUGUUGUAGGGGUUUCGACUCGGAUAUUAGGCUUGGGGGCUUGGCAGUAGUUUUAUGAGGCUUAUAGGGUGUAAUCAUGGCUCUAGUUUUUGGUUCUAUUUAGUAAUACUCAGUACAAUUUUUGUUGAUACUAUAUAGUACUGCAUGGUUAUCAUAUCAUAAUUAACGUGGUAUAUACAUAUAUAUAUACAUCGUUAUAGUACGACAAUAUAAGCCUAAAUUUUAGUUUAAUAUACCGUAAAGAUCUCAAAUUGGUACCCAGAAGGUGGUGCUAGUGGUCGCCUCCGUGCUCUCAUCGAACACCACGUUGGGAGAGCCGGAGGCAAAACGGAGGCGACAGAACGGCGACCGAACCGAGACGGCACGUUUCUGUUUGGUCGCCGUUCUGGCACUAACGUUGUUGUUUGGAUCUCUGAUUGGACUGGGACUGGCAUUCAAGGCCUACUUCGGCUGGAGUGUGGAGCAGAAGUAUCCGGAGAAGAUACGAGGUAGGGUAUAUUAAGUUGUGUGAAAAGUAGUGAGCUACUGAACUCCAGGAUUUGUUAUGAACUAUAGCUCAUUACUUUUUAUACAAGUUGAUACUUAUAUAUGUUGGUAUACAGGCCUUAUAUAUAUCUAAAUUUAGUGUUAUAUUACUCUCUAUAUCUAUAUAAUACCAUCUAUACGUAUAAGAAGAACAUAUAAUUAGCAAGACAAAGACCUAUAACGAACCCUAACGCCAUCCUCUAUAUGCUAAUUGGAUUUGUACGCAACUUCUUUACCAUCUGUUCCCUCUAAUCGUAUCUUGAUUGUUUUUCAGUUCAAAUACCACGGAACAAAACAACGACCGGUCGUAUCACAAGUGUCUUUCAUCAAACAACAGGAUGGAAGAUACCUACAACAACAUCAACCACUACAACAACGACUACUACAGUAGCUACUACAACAACACAUGUAGAGACAACAACACAUAACACUACAGUAAUCCGUCACAACCAUUAUACCAUGCCGAGAGUGAGGAUUACCAACGCUCAGAUGAAGGAUUACUUGUAUUCUACUAGGAAGAGCACUACUGUCGGGCCAGUUACUACUACUUAUGGCAUGCCUAAACGGUAUGUUGUUUUAGAUAUGUGUGUGGCUUGUAUUUUAGGCUUAUAUUCUUAAAAUUAGAGAUAAAAUGACAUUUUUGUUACCUAAAAAGCAGAAAAAGUGAUUAAUAAAAGUAAACAUAACAUAACAUUGUCAAAAAGUAACCAUACCCUUUAGAAAACAAGUAGUGACACUAGUCACAGCCCUUCUUGACAUCGGUCGAGGCUUCUGGAAAACCUACGCUCGACCGCUAAGUCGUUAUCACAUGGCAAUGCGCAACGUUCUGUCCCUUAAAGUGCCUAUGGUAAUAUUCACAGAUGUCCAUUCGAUUGAGUUUGUGAUCAGAGAACGCCAGAGAAUGGGGUUGUAUCACUACACCAAGAUUCACAACAUCACCAUCGAGAAUCUGCCUCUGAAUCGUCAUUCUGGAAUGUUCCAUGACAUCGUGCGAAGAGAACAGAACGGUGGCUGGCACAGUGAGUGGGAUCCGGCUAUGAAGACGCAUCCUGAAGCUCACAGUGCUGAUUAUGACAUUGUGGUCAACUCCAAGCCUUACUUUUUGUUAAAUGCAUCGGUAAGUUGAUGGUUUUAAGGUGUUUUAGUAGGUAUAGACUUAAUAUUGAUGAUGAGUUUAAAAAAUUAAUUUUAAUGAAUAUACUGUUCAUUGUAAGCAUCUACAUUGCAUACCUAAACAUACAAAGCCUUUAAAAAUUUUAAAAACUUAAAUUUCCAAUAUAAGGUUUUCGUUGUGGGGCCCAUCAAUAUUAUCUAUGCCAAGAAAAGUAUUUUAAAACAAUAGUUUUUAUGCAACUUGUAAUGUAAAAAAUACUGUAAAGUAAUAUUGUAUAAAAAUUUAGCGAGAAAACCCAUUUCGAACUGAAAACUUUGCCUGGAUCGACGCUGGCUAUGGGCAAGGAGACGAACGUUUCUUCCCGGCCGAUUAUCAGUGGUACCCAAUAUUCCCUGAGGGAAAGAUCUCGUUAAUUAAGGUACGGUACUUCAAUUUUAUAUGCGAGUACAGUAGGGUAGGGUAGGGUAGGGUAGGGUAGGGUAGGGUAGGGUAGGGUAGGAUAGGGUAGGGUAGGGUAGGGUAGGGCAGGGUAGGGUAGGGUAGGGUAGGGUAGGGUAGGGUAGGGUAGAGUAGGGUAGGGUAGGGUAGGGUAGGGUAGGGUAGGGUAGGGUAGGGUAGGGUAGGGUAGGGUAGGGUAGGGUAGGGUAGGGUAGGGUAGGGUAGGGUAGGGUAGGGUAGGGUAGGGUAGGGUAGGGUAGGGGUAGGGUAGGGUAGGGUAGGGUAGGGGUAGGGUAGGGUAGGGUAGGGUAGGGUAGGGUAGGGUAGGGUAGGGUAGGGUAGGGUAGGGUAGGGUAGGGUAGGGUAGGGUAGGGUAGGGUAGGGUAGGGUAGGGUAGGGUAGAGUAGGGUAGGGUAGGGUAGGGUAUGACUCUCUAUUUUAUCGUACUUUCAGCUCACCCCCUCCUACGACAAACUCAGCAGAUAUACGGAGAAGGUGUUGUAUCGUCGCGACGAGGCGGUGAUCUCGGGCGGCUUCGUUGCUGGCAACGUGAAGGCCUUGUCCCGCUUCUACUCGGCAUAUCAUUGGAAGGUGGUGGAGAUGUUGUUCAAGAAGAGCAUGGUCGACGACGAUCAGACCACCCUGGUGUUGCUCAUCAACGAACAGCCCGACUUGUUCAACAUGGUGCACGGCGAUUGGCACGAUGCUUUCCGACUCUUUUGA